AUGAAAUUCGUCCGUAAAAACAUAUCAAAUCUAUCACAAGAUUCUCACACCUUUUUCGUUUUUUUUUUAAAUUUUUCUUUCUUUCUUUCUUUCUUUCUUUCUUUCUUUCUUUCUUUCUUUCUUUCUCCGCCUUUCUUUCAUUCUUUCUUUCUUUCUCCUCCUUCUUUCUUUCUUUCUUUCUUUCUUUCUUUAUUCCUUUUCUUUCUUUCUUUCUUUCUUUCUUUCUUUCUUUCUUUCUUUCUUUCGUGUAUUCUUUCUUUCGGUCUUUCUUCUUUUUUUCUCUUUCUUGGAUUUCUUUUAUCGUUCUUUCCUUCAUACAUUUGUCUUUCCUUUCGAUUGUUCUUUCUUUCAGUCUUUCUUUUUUUUUCUUUCUUUGUUUUCUUUUUUCGUUCUCUUUUCUUUGUACCUUCUUCCUUUCGUCCACCUUUAAUGUGUUCUUUCUUUCGUUUUUUUUUCUUUCUUCUUUCAUUCUGUCUUUGA